AUGUUGUCCCGAGUGGCUCGUCAGAAAAAUGCCCUCUUCCAUCUCCGGAAGGCCAAUGCCCAUCGGGCAUUGGGCGCAUCUUCAAUGCUGCGCCUACACUCCAGCUCGGCUCGGAUGAGCCCAGUCUUAGCUUCAAAAAACAUGACACCAGAAAACCGGAGUUCCUCUUUCCAAUCCCAGCGCCAUCUCGCUACCGCCGCCGAUCCAUCCGUCCUCAACCAAUCAUCCUAUAUGUCCAUCGAUGAAGCAUCCUUGCCGCAAUCUUUAGAUCAAUCAAAUCAUCAAGAAACGACGACCUUCUUCAACCAGGAUCCUUUUGAUCUUUCGUCCUUGGUUGUCAUCAAUGAAACACCCCAGACCCACCUGAAAACCUUCCGCAAAAUCAGAGGCAUUGGUGGCGAUCCGGAGGAGAUGAUGGCAAACUUUGAUAUGUCGCUCAAGGUCGGCCGGUUCGAUCGAGCUGCGGCUUUGAUCAGCCGCCUGGGGUCCGUUUAUUCACGCGACUCUCCCGAAUGGGUGGCUUUGCAUAAUCGGUACCUGAAGGAUAUGGUCUCGCAUAUGAUCGCCUCGCGACAAGAUGACAUGAUAUGGCCGGUGCAAAAAUGGUUCGAGGUUGACAUGCCUGCCGGGCGUGUGCAGCCCAAUGCUACCACUUUCGCUACUAUGAUUCGUAUGGCAUUGCGUAUGCUCCACGGAUCCAAGCGAGAUAGAACGGUUCGUCGUUAUUGGGAACUUGCCAAAAAGGUGGAUCUUCAUGAGGAUCUUCUAGCUGAGGAAGUCUUAACCGACUUGGAUUUGGGUGAAUUGUCCAAGAUCUGCUCCAAUGAUUUGGGUCAUGCCAAAUUUGAUUUCAGAGAGUUCGAAACCCCCAAACUCGAUAUGCGCCCCGAAAACCUCGAUCAAGUUGCGGAAGUGCUGGCUGCUGAGCAGAAGGGUCUUGGUUUAUCGUCCCUGAAGGAAUCACUUGCCUUGUUUGCGGAUAAAUAUCAUAUUUCUUUGCCUGAAGACUUCGAAGGCACCGAAGAACAAAAGAAGCUUCUAUACGAUCAACUUCGGCAACGACAGGUUGAGACCGAUACCAUCAGAUCAGCCCACGAUCGCUGGAAAGUCGAGUUUGAACAAAUGACAAAAGCUGGAGUGGACGUGAUGAGCAGUAAGAAGCGCAUCAACAAUUUCAUGAGCCAAUGGCACAAAGAUCUCGUGACCAGAAUUAAUGAGGAAAAGCGACUCGCUGUCGAAGAACAAGGGCAGCCGAUCCGAACAGCCGAACAAAAGGCCCGUUGCGAGUAUGCGGUGUUUCUUAGCGCUCUCGAGACCGAUCGUCUCGCCGCAAUCACCAUGCUUGGAGCGAUUGGUUCAUUCGUUCGCGUGGGAAUGGACCUGGGAAUCAAGCUCUCUGCUAUUGCGUCGACCAUCGGCCGAGAUGUUCAGGAUGAGCUAGUCGCAAUUGCAUGCUUGAAGAAGGCUGAAGCUCAGGACUCUCGACGCGUUAAAAUGCUAAAACAGCUUCUCGUCGAUCGCAAGGGAAAAGAUGGGCGAGCUCAGUGGAAGCGUCUGUCUGAGGGCAUGCAAACGGAGAACGUUGAAUUGAACUGGAGCCCACGUGUUCAAGUUAGACUUGGUGCAGUGUUGACAAGCUUUUUGUUUGAUGUUGCCAAGGUUCCCGUUCUGAGCAAGAACGAAGCCACUGGUGAAACGACGAAGACGUUUCAACCGGCAUUCCAGCACGCUUAUCAGAUUACGUUUGGUAAACGCCUGGGUCUUCUUAACCUACACCCGGAAAUUAUCAAAAUUGUCAAAGCGGAGCCGUCAGCUGAUCUGCUUGGGCGGCAUCUUCCUAUGAUCUGCCCACCGAGACCUUGGCAGGGACCAAGAGAUGGAGGCUAUCUUAUCUACCAAAGUAAUAUUGUUCGCACCACCCCAGGCGAGGGUCUGCAGCCAAUGUAUGUCAAGGCUGCUCUGAAGAAUGAUGGCCUCAAGGAAGUUCGACGCGGCCUUGACGUUCUCGGCGCCACCCCCUGGGUCAUCAAUCGAGACGUGUUCGACGUCAUGCUCGAAGCUUGGAACUCUGGCGAGGAAGUCGCAAAUCUGUCACCGCUUAACGCAGACAUCCAAGCUCCCCCAAAACCAGAUCCGAAGGCUGACUUGAAAGAAGAGAAAGAGUGGCAAAACAUGAUGCGUGAUGUGGAGAACAAGCGGGCUGCGCUUCACUCACAGCGAUGCUUCCAGAACUUCCAGAUGGAAGUCGCACGUGCUUUCCGCAAUGAGACCUUUUACCUCCCUCACAACAUGGAUUUCCGUGGAAGAGCUUAUCCACUGCCCCCCUACCUCAACCAGAUGGGAGCUGACAAUUCCCGAGGUCUGCUUCUUUUCAGCGAAGCAAAGCCACUAGGUGUCAGCGGUAUGCGUUGGUUGAAAAUCCAUCUGGCAGGUUUGGCUGGAUUCGAUAAAGCGAGCAUGGCCGAGCGUGAGCAGUUUGCCGAUGACCACCUCGACGACAUUCUCGACUCUGCCAAUAAGGGCCUUCACGGAAAGCGAUGGUGGUUGGAGGCUGAAGACCCUUGGCAAUGCUUGGCAGCUUGCUGCGAACUUCGUAACGCUCUUCUCCAUCCUAACCCACUCGAAUACCCAUCCCGUCUGCCAAUCCACCAGGAUGGUUCUUGCAAUGGUUUGCAACACUACGCCGCCCUUGGUGGUGACAGUAUUGGUGCUCAGCAGGUCAAUCUCGAGCCUUCCGAUAGGCCGUCCGACGUCUACACUGGUGUCUCAGAGUAUGUGAAGAAGUCCGUGGCGGAGGACGCUGCUCGCGGUAACCAGCUAGCCAUUACUCUUGAUGGGAAGAUAACGCGCAAGAUUGUCAAGCAGACAGUCAUGACUAAUGUAUACGGUGUGACCUUUAUGGGUGCAAUGAGACAAGUCCGCAAGCAGCUCAAUGAUCACUAUCCAGAUCUCACCGGCGAUGAAAAGAAGCAGGGAUCUCUAUACAUUGCACGCAAAAUCUUCCAGGCUCUGUCAACCAUGUUCAAUGGAGCUUCUGAUAUUCAACACUGGCUAGGAGAUUGUGCCAAUCGUAUUACUCAAUCUGUAUCCCCGGAGGAUGUCGAAGAGCUUGCGAAGGAAGCAUUGUUACCCGGCGCGUCUGCUGACGAUGAGGGGAAAGGCAGCCAGAAAGUUGAUCCGAGCAAGAAGUUCAAGUCCACUGUCAUUUGGACCACGCCGCUUGGCCUUCCUGUUGUUCAACCUUAUCGUACACGAAAGGCGAAGCGUAUUUCGACUACCCUGCAAGACCUGAGCGUCGUUGAGUACAAUGCUGAAGACGUGGUCUCAAGACGCAAGCAACUCCAAGCUUUCCCCCCGAACUUCAUUCACUCUCUUGAUGCCACUCACAUGAUGCUGUCCGCUAAUGCAUGCGAGCGGGCUGGUCUUACCUUUUCUGCCGUCCACGAUUCCUUCUGGUCCCACGCCAGCGACGUGGACAGUAUGAAUCGCAUCCUCCGAGACGCCUUUGUCCACAUGCACCAGGAUGAUGUUAUUGGGCGACUAUAUGCAGAGUUCAACGUCCGAUAUGGCAAGCACCUUUACUUGGCCAAGGUCGAGAAAACUUCUGCCGUCGGAAAGGCCAUUCUUCGUCAUCGCACCCCGACUAAGAUUAAAAACUUGAGAUUCCUCGAGCUUAUGGAAGAAAACCGACGACAAAAACUGUUGCGAUCAGACGACCCUGAUGAGCAAGCAGAAGGUCGUGCUAUGGUGACCGCAGCCAGUAUCUUUGAGUCGAUGGGCGGCAACGACAAUGACCUGGUUGGUACUGCCAGCCUGGGAGCUUCAGACAUUGGCGUCGUUCCGGACGAUCUGGAGGCCGCUGAGCGACGACCCGACGCUAGCAUUGACAUGAACGACCCGGCCAUCGGAAGCCUGUUUAAUGACUUCGAUCACCCCCAGAAGGAGUCUCAGAACUACAAUGAGAUCACCGACGUCGAUGGAAGCAACCUAGAGUACGUUUCUCGGCGGUCAAAAGGCCCCACCACUGUGUGGAUGUGGUUGCCCCUUCGGUUCCGCGAUGUUCCUGCUAAAGGCACUUGGGAUAUCACGCGGAUUCGCAAGAGUGAAUAUUUCUUCUCCUGA